AUGGCAGGUUUCAAGCGAGGGUAUGAUGGAAAAAUUGCUGGAUUAUAUGACCUGGAUAAAACUUUGGGCAGAGGUCACUUUGCUGUAGUAAAACUUGCCCGGCAUGUUUUUACAGGUGAAAAGGUAGCAGUGAAAGUCAUUGACAAGACCAAACUGGACACUCUAGCCACUGGUCACCUUUUCCAAGAAGUUAGAUGCAUGAAACUAGUGCAGCAUCCUAAUAUCGUCCGUCUUUAUGAAGUAAUUGACACCCAGACCAAACUUUACCUUAUCCUAGAGCUUGGGGAUGGAGGAGAUAUGUUUGAUUACAUAAUGAAACACGAAGAGGGGCUUAAUGAAGACCUGGCUAAGAAGUACUUUGCUCAGAUAGUUCAUGCUAUAUCUUACUGCCAUAAACUACAUGUAGUUCAUAGAGACUUAAAACCAGAGAAUGUGGUCUUCUUUGAAAAACAAGGACUUGUGAAAUUGACAGACUUUGGUUUCAGCAACAAAUUUCAGCCUGGAAAGAAGCUCACCACAAGUUGUGGAUCUCUUGCAUAUUCUGCUCCAGAAAUUCUACUUGGAGAUGAGUAUGAUGCACCUGCAGUAGAUAUAUGGAGUUUGGGAGUCAUCCUUUUCAUGUUGGUUUGUGGCCAGCCACCAUUCCAAGAGGCAAAUGAUAGUGAAACCUUGACUAUGAUCAUGGACUGCAAAUAUACAGUUCCGUCUCAUGUAUCCAAAGAAUGUAAAGACCUGAUUACACGAAUGUUGCAGAGGGACCCAAAGCGAAGAGCCUCUUUAGAGGAAAUUGAAAACCAUCCAUGGCUUCUAGGGGUUGACCCAUCCCCUGCCACAAAGUACAACAUCCCUCUCGUGUCGUACAAAAACCUCUCCGAAGAGGAACAUAACAGUAUAAUACAGCGCAUGGUCCUUGGUGAUAUAGCUGAUCGAGAUACAAUUGUGGAGGCUCUGGAAACUAACAAGUACAAUCACAUCACAGCUACUUACUUCUUGCUGGCUGAGAGGAUCCUGAGAGAAAAACAAGAGAAAGAAAUACAAACCCGAUCUGCUAGCCCUAGCAACAUCAAAGCCCAGUUUAGGCAGUCGUGGCCAACCAGAAUUGAUGUACCCCAGGACCUCGAAGACGACCUCACAGCUACUCCUCUGUCCCACGCAACUGUUCCUCAGUCUCCAGCUCGCACGGCCGACAGCGUCCUUAAUGGCCACCGGAAUAAAGCGCUGGGCGACACGGGGAAGAAAGAGGAUCUCCCCGAACUAGCUGGGCCAGCGCUCUCCGUGGUCCCGUCAGUGAGCUUAAAACCCACCACUAGCGGGCGGAAGUGUCUCUUCAGGGUAGAGGAAGACGAGGAGGAGGAAGAGGAGGACAAGAAACCCAUGUCCCUCUCCACUCAAGUGGUUUUACGGCGGAAGCCGUCCGUGACCAACAGACUGACUUCCAGGAAGAGCGCGCCGGUCCUCAAUCAGAUCUUUGAAGAAGGGGAGUCGGAUGAUGAAUUCGACAUGGAUGAAAACUUGCCUCCCAAACUGAGCAGGCUAAAAAUGAACAUCGCCUCCCCCGGGACAGUUCACAAACGGUACCACCGCCGGAAAAGCCAGGGCCGAGGGUCCAGUUGCAGCAGCUCGGAAACGAGCGACGACGACUCGGAGAGCAGGAGGCGCCUGGAUAAAGACAGCGGGUUCACGUACUCGUGGCACAGGCGGGACAGCAGCGAAGGGCCCCCCGGGAACCAGGGGGACGGCGGCGGCCAGAGCAAGCCGAGCAACGCCAACGGAGGCGUGGACAAAACCAGCCCGAGCGACAACAACAAAGGCGGGGGGAGCCCCUCCGGCAGCUCCGGGGGCAGCACGAACAACACGUCCGGCACCACCCGGCGCUGCGCCGGGCCCGCAAACGCCAUGCAGUUGUCGACCCGCAGUGCCGGGGAGCUGGUCGAAAGCCUUAAACUGAUGAGCCUCUGCCUCGGCUCACAGCUUCACGGCAGCACGAGGUACAUUAUCGAUCCUCAAAACAAUCUGUCGUUUUCCAGCGUGAAAGUCCAAGAGAAGUCCACGUGGAAAAUGUGCAUCGGUUCCACCGGGAAUGCCAACCGGGCGCCGGCUCUGGGCGGCAUAAAGUUCUUCUCUGACCACAUGGCGGACGCCGCAAGUGGGUUGGAACGGAUAAAGAGCAAGAACUUGAGAAACAACGUGCUACAACUACCUCUCUGUGAAAAGACGAUAUCUGUGAACAUUCAGCGGAAUCCCAAGGAGGGGCUGCUGUGUACCUCCAGUCAGACCAGUUGUUGUCAAGUCAUUUGACAGGGACUUGACUGAGUAGCUGAAUCUACCGUACUUGACAACACCAUUCUUCCUGUUCAGAGCUGUGAACACCUUAUUUCACUGUAUUUCCCCCCACCCGCCGCCCCCAACCCCCUUUUGUUGUCUUAAUAUUUUAAAGUGGGCUUUAUGAGCAGUUAUUUAUUACAUUUUAAUUUGUUUGCUUGAUGAGGUGACAACGCAUGGUCCUUGUGCAUGCUGCUAGCCAAUUCACUUUUCUUUUCCAACAGAAUAGUCUCUAUUUUAUUGUGUAAUUUCUACCUUUAUAAUUUUAAUAUGAAAGAUCUGGAUUAAAGAAAUUAAAAAAAUGUAUAUCUGGAGCCUAUUGUAAAUGGAGCACUUAGAAGUUUCAUGUUCUGCACUUAAUCUAGAGAAAACGCUUCUGUUUCCUGGUGAAAUGUUCAUUCUUGUUCUGACCUUCUGUGAUUUGGAAACUCUGUGAUCUGUGGCUACUUCUUUGUGUCUGAAACUGAACCAAAGCAAUAAUGUUUUGAUGCUGAAAACUCUCGAGGGAGCUUUCAGAUGUUCCAAGGCUUGUACAAAGCAAAGAUGCACUGAAAAUUAGUGAUCUCAUUCACACUCUGAUUUAACCCACACCUGUUUGUCUUAAGCUACGUACGAGACGGAUAAAAUUGUGGCUCAAAAGCAAGCCGAAAAGAUUCCGUUGUCUUGGCAGUAGGUGAGCUAAAGAAGCUAGAUGUGUCAGGCAGCUUCUCCCCACCUCCCCAACCUCCUUCCGAGUAAUGUGUCAAAUGCUAUGAGCAGACAAUCUUAUUUUUGUAAUGUGACAAAAAAAGAAGUCUUAACCUUACGUCUGGGAGUUUACAAUCUUGACAGAAGAGUCAAAGAUGGGGAAUUGCUUCCAUCAGCACGCCACAGGGUUCCUCUCGACAAAAAUAUUUGAAUGUUUAUGAUAAAUAGAACCCUUAGAUUUAGACUUCAGGCAGCAAUUAAAGGCUUUUCGAAACUGGGGUACAGCUUUUCGUUGGGAUAACACUUGUGGUAGUGUAAAAUAGGAAGGACUCUGGCUCUAGGGAGGGAUUUCUAAGGGAUCAUGGUCUAUUCCUGUUUUUACCAGGUCCUGGUCCUUCCAUUCCGUUCUGUUCUCUAACUCUGUCUUCUUUGAAAAUUUGGCGAGUUUUUGAAACCCGCCGGAAGAAAAAAAAAUCCCUUUCUACGUGCUUCAGUGCUAGAGGCUUUUGUGUUUUAGCUCCGUCUCCUUGCCAAAGUAACGACAGUAAGGGGACGUUUGCUUUCAGCUCUUCCAGGACAAAGACUACUUUUGACCAGGUAACUAACCUCUGUGGCAUUUUGUUAAUGUAGAAUCUCGAAUUUUGGAGUGGGCAAGAGUGGCAUUUUUUUCAUGCUGGGCACUUGGGAAGGGGGCGGUCUUAAGAGCAAGGCGCCGGAAACGGUGGCGAGGGGACGGGGCAGCACCCAGACAGGCGGAGGAUUGGCUGAGGGCGUUCGUUUACACUGUUGAGCAUCUUGGAACAGGUCUGAAAUGAUCAACUACACUGCAUUUCUCGAGUACACACACUGAUUCUGCUACCAUUAGAAUAGGCUAUUUUACUCCGAUUUCUGAAUUGCACAGUAUACUUACUCAACCAAGUAAAUGAUCAUUAACUCACGUAUUUUAUUUUCUAGACCUAGAUAAGUUUGAAGCUACAGCUCUAGUUCAGUGUGAUAUUCAUAAAAUGGAAAGCUACAAGAAUAGAUGUGUGGGUGAAGCCAUAGAACAUAUUUGCUGGAAAUUCUUGAGCAGGGAUCUUAAAAAAGGGCCAGAAAUAAGAUGUGUGGUUCACAUUCGGUAGUGAGCGUAACAUCUGUAUUAAGUAGGAGAGAAGUUUAUAAAGGGCAUUGGCAAUAAAGUAUUUGUUGCAGCUGUUUUUUCCAAGUAUUGUAAAUACUUUUUCCUGUGAUUUAUGUACAGCCUUGGAAUGGCACCUUUUAACUAACCCCAUGUGUAUUUUGUUUCAGAUGGUUUUUAUAUACAAAUGUCUAUAUGGUGCUCACUUUAGAAACAGCAGUGUUGACCAUUUAUGCUGCAUAGCUGUAUAAUAGCCUUAUUAGUUGUGGAUGGUUGGUUGAACCUCUGAUGUACAAAUGUUAGUCUGAGUGUUGUCUUUUUCCAUUUGUUCAUAGGUGAAUGAUUGUGCAUGUGCUGUAUGUCUUAGUAUGUCGUCACGUAAAAGGGAGGGAGAGAAUAACCAUGACAUUAAGAUAAUAUUGGACCAAACUAUUUACUUGCUCUAAACUGUUUCUUGUACCCCUUAAUCUGUCUUUAAAAGUUGCAUAUAGUUACAGUAGUGUAUAAAUUAAAUAUUGUGGAAAAACAAUUAGUCUUGUAUUUUUCUGUAUGUGUGUGUAUAUAUAAAAUUAUGUACCUCUAGCAAUUCUCUAACUGUAUUUAAGAUGUGACAAUCUUGACAGAAUUUUAAGACUAGCCGUGAACAUGAACAGAUCUAGUGAAACAGAAUUGAACUCGAGAUUUUUUUUUUCCCCACCAAGCAAGAAUCGCUGAGUGUUAAGAGGGUACAGGAAUAUCAGCUGAUCUUGUCAGUUGCUUCCAGCGCUGUUUGACUUUCUUCAUGUAUAAACAUUCACAAAUGUGUGACAGAAAUGGAAAAAAAAAUUCAACUAAUAAAAAUGACAUCUUGGUGUUCGACACAUAAA